AUGCAUGCGCCAACGCGAUUACUUGUUCAAUCUGCAUUCCCUCGCCUCCGGGCGGCUCGCUCGCUGCACACGACAAUACUCAGGGCUGCCAAUGUCGCGCCCGUUGUUGGCACUGGGCCACCUCCAGAGGCACCACUCGCCGACAAGGCGAACAAGGCAUAUGAGCGGGUAGAGCGCAGGAAGCGGCAGGCCGAGAUGCUCAAGUCGGCGAAUCAGAUCCGCACGGUGGCGGAGGGGAAGAAGAGCGGCGUGCUCCAAAAACGCUUCUGGCAAGACGUGACUGUACGGGAAGUUGAUGGUGCUCUGCAAGUAUUCCUGGACAGUCGCCCGCUGCGACACCCCAAUACCAAAGAGGUCAUCCCCAUACCCCUCUCCAAGCCGAACCUCGCCUCUGCGCUGGCCCUCGAAUGGGACCAGCUCACAUCGGCGCAGGAAGCUACGAGGUCACACCUCAUUCCUCUGACCAGUCUGGUCUGCCGCGCUCUCGACAUACAAGCCGACGACGCGGCAGCUUCAUCCGUCGACACAGCGCCGGUCCGGACGUCCAUCGUCAACACUGUGAUGCGUUACCUCGACACGGACUCGAUGCUGUGCUGGGCGCCGCCUGCGGGCCCGUUCGACCUCAAGAACGAUGCCGGGGAGUCACUGAGGGAUGUUCAGACCGAGACCGCCAAGGAGACGCUGGCUUUCCUGACGUCGAAAAUCUGGCCAGGGGUCACAAUCACGCCUGCGCUCGACGGAGACUCCAUCAUGCCCCGGUCGCAGUCCCCGGAAACACAGGCUGUCGUGCGGAGCUGGAUAUCGCGCCUGGACGCCUUUGAGAUUGCCGGUCUCGAGCGUGGCACAUUGGCAGGCAAGUCUGUCCUGGCCUCGGCAAGGCUGGUAGCCGAGUGGAGCGAGGGAUCAGCCAACACAGGCGAUGCGUUGAUCGGGCAACUUUUUGGUGCCGAGGAGGCCGUGCGGGCCACGAACCUCGAGGUGGACUGGCAGGCCAUGCAGUGGGGAGAGGUCGAGGAUACGUACGAUGUGAACAAGGAGGAUGUGACGCGGCAGCUGGCCAGUGUGAUCCUGCUCGUGUCUGGGACGGGCAAAGCUUGA